GGAUUUAAUUUCUCCCAACACAAACACACCACCUCUUACCCAAGCUAAUCCCCCCCCCCCCCUAUGAUUAGGCAGGGGAGAUCACUAGGCGAAUACACGAUGAUUCGCCCAUAAUUUCAAUUUCUUCGCGCGCUUGGUCCUCUUGCAGGAUGAUGAGCAUGAAGAGCGCGAAAACGGAGAAAAAAGGGACAAUUUUGUUGCAUAAAUAUGAGAUAGGUAAAUUGUUAGGGCAAGGUACAUUUGCCAAAGUUUAUUAUGCAAGGAACCUAAAAACAGGACAAAUUGUAGCUGUUAAGGUAAUUGACAAAGAAAAAGUGAUGAAAGUUGGCUUAAUUGACCAAAUCAAACGUGAAAUUUCUGUUAUGAGAUUAAUUAGGCAUCCAAAUGUUGUCGAACUUUAUGAAGUAAUGGCUAGCAAAACAAAAAUUUAUUUUGCAAUGGAAUAUGUUAGAGGUGGUGAAUUAUUCAAUAAGGUUGCUAAAGGGAGGCUUAGGGAAUCAGCAGCGCGAAAAUAUUUUCAACAAUUAAUCGCGUCUGUUGAUUUCUGUCAUAGUCGAGGGGUAUAUCAUAGGGACCUGAAACCUGAAAAUAUACUCCUGGAUGAAACUGGAAACCUGAAAGUUUCUGAUUUUGGGUUGAGUGCUCUUUUCGAUACGAAAAGACAAGAUGGACUCCUCCACACGACGUGUGGAACUCCAGCAUAUGUCGCGCCAGAGGUCAUAAAUAAGAGAGGAUAUGAUGGCGAAAAGGCGGAUAUUUGGUCAUGUGGGGUGAUUUUGUUUGUGUUGUUAGCUGGUUAUCUUCCAUUUCAUGACACAAAUUUACUGGAAAUGUAUAAGAAGAUUACUAAAGGGAUAUUUAAAUGCCCUGAAUAUUUUCCAUAUGAAGUGAAAAAACUACUCUUAAGAAUUCUUGAUCCAAAUCCAAUUUCAAGAAUUACAUUAGCUAAGCUAAUGGACAAUAAUUGGUUCAAGAAAGGAUUCAAACAAAUUGAUAAACCAUUCAUUUUGGAUCAAGAUCACGACGACGAUUCACCUCGUAGUGUUUUUGAUAUGGUGGAUGAUUCGGAUGCAGAGUGUUCUUCACGACACAAAGAAGAGAGCUCAUCAACAAUAAUGAAGCCUACUUGUUUGAAUGCUUUCGAUAUCAUUUCACUUUCUCCUGGUUUUGAUCUCUCUAGCUUGUUCGAGAAAGAUAAGAGUCAUAGGUCGGAUGCUAGAUUCACGACACAAAAGUCUGCAUCCACUAUCGUGUCAAGGCUAGAAGAAGUAGCUUCAAUGGGGAGCUUUAAGGUGAAGAAAAAAGACGGGACGGUGAAAAUGCAAGGAAGCAAAGAAGGGAGAAAAGGGCAAUUAGCAAUUGAUGCAGAGAUAUUUGAGAUAACUCCAGCUUUCCAUGUUGUGCAAGUGACAAAAAAAUCAGGUGACACUGCAGAAUACAGGAACUUUUGUGAUCAAGGAUUAAAGCCAUCAUUAAAAGACAUAGUUUGGACAUGGCAGGGCAAUGAGCAAUUACAACAAGUGGAAAAUCAAGAAAACAAGACUUAAAGAGGUAAAAGAUAUGAAAACAAAAACAAGUUGCCUCUGUGAGACCUACCAGCUCACGAUUUCGAGUUGUGGAUUCAAUAUUUACUAUAGUACUUGCCUAUCUGUAUUCAUAUAGUUUAUUCCUCUAACAAUUUACAAAAACUAAGAUCAUUCUGCUUCAAGAUUUUCAAGAGGAUCAAUUUGGUUUUAGUUUUUAA